CCUUCCCUCUAUAUCUGGGCGCGACACGAGGUAUUUCUGCCUUCAAGCCCAGACUAAAACAUGCCUGUUCUCGAGGUGACGCAGUUGCGUUUGAACAAGCUUCGCGCAGACGAUCCAACAUUGCUCAAGAACCUAUCAACCGUACGGGACAAACUGCAGACCAGCUCGCAGUUCUACAGUUGCAUCCAAGAUCCCACCCUACUCUAUAUUCUCGGUAUUUGGCCCUCUCUAGCUGCACAUCAGGAGUUCCUGGCCUCUCCUGCGCGAGAAGAGAUUUUGGGCCCCCAAGAAGAGAUGCUCCAGUUUCAGUGGACGGUGCAUAUGGAGUUGGAUGGUAUGAGUUCGUUGCCACUGGAUGCGCCUAUUUUAGCAAUCGAGAGAUUUAGCGUGGAUGGGAGUGCUGUGGAAGCGUUCGAGCAGGCUGCUAUGAGACAUGCGCAACAUGGCAAAGGCAACCAUUCGUUCAAGGUUGCACAUGGCUGGCAAUGUGACGCAACGGUGGGAAGUCACGAAGCUCUCGUUUUCAGUGGAUGGGAGAGUACACAGGCUCAUGUUCCAUUUGCAACUAGGCAAGAGGGCAGUGCAGCUGUCGAGGAAGGAUGCAGGAGCAUACUCGUUCAUCAUGCCUGGAAUGUAGAGCGGCAAAGUGCAUGAUAUAUAGCUUUGCAAAAGGAUCCGAUCUUUGGUAGCACUUGUGCAGAAUACCCUGUAUCGGGGCGGGACUCCUUCGGCAGUAAGAUGUACAUACGAUACAGACAACGACUUGACGAUACUGGUUGCUGGCUUUUAUGUGACUAUCCCGUGUGUCGAUGUCCAGG